AUGCAUUUUGAAGGUUAUGUGAACUCUACGCUCAACCCAUUGAUCUACGCAAUUUUCAAUCGGGACUUCCGUCGACCAUUCUGGGAGUUGUUGAGGUGUCACUGUCUUGACAUCAACACACGCCUCCGUGAAAGGCGGUACCGACAGGAGUUUAGGCAGCCACCUGUGUCACUGCCUACGAUGACGGGUGGCGAAGCCACAUUUCCUCGGAGGGGCUGUGAUUCCGCUCACCUUGUGGAACAGAGACGCACCUCCGCAUUGAUCGAUUAG